AUGCCCGUGGGAGCAUGGGACAGUCAUAUGCAUGUAACCUCUCCUGACUACCCUCUGGCAACGUCGGCCGCAUACAAACCAUCUCUACACAGUCUAGACCACGCCAUGACUUUCGAAAAGACAAUUGGUAUUAACAACAUCGUGCUUGUUCAACCCUCUAUCUAUGGUAACGACAACUCUUGCCUCUUAGACGCUCUAAAGGAAAUUGGACCAACCCAUGGUCGGGGCGUGGUGGCGUUUGAUCCCGACGACAUUGCCAGCGAUACAUUGCAAAAAUGGCACAGACUGGGUGUCCGAGGCGUCAGACUAAACUUCAAAUCCACAAAUGAACCAUUUAAUCCGGAUGCUGUCAAGCAGACCUUACGAAAGUAUGCGGCUAUUGUAAAACCACUCGACUGGGUCAUUGAGCUAUUCAUCGAUCUCGAGCAACUUCGCUUCAUAACCGACAUUAUGCCUGAACUCGGAGUAAAGUUCUGCAUUGCUCAUUUCGGCGCUCCUGACAUGAAACGCUGGACUUCAUAUCCUUCAGAUGCGUCAGAUGUACCGGGCAUGCAGCAUUUGACGACACUGUUAGCACAAGCUGAUAAUCUAUGGGUCAAAAUCUCGGCUCAUUAUCGCUUUGACCUUUCCAUUGACAAUAUGGCUGGAACCGAAGCCAUCACAAAGCUGUUGCUAAACACUGCGAGAGACAAGAUGAUCUUUGCAUCAGAUUGGCCACAUACACGCUUCGAGGGUUUAGAUGUGAAGCCUUUCGUUUCCAGAUGCCUCGACUGGACGGAAAAAUUUGAGGCGAAGGAUCUGGUGUUCCGAGACAACGCAAGACGUCUCUGGGACUGCAUUUAA